GAAGAUAAAAUAAAACCCUAAAGCUCGAGGUUGAUCGUUCCAUUCCUCUCUUUAACUUGUUCUCUGUUGAAGUUUGCUGAUCCGACUAAAUAAUAAAGAAUGGGCCGCAAAGCUGAUGCACUGUAUAUAAAUCCGAAGAAAUUUGGCUCUCUUGCAAAACCUUGCAUGAAGGAAAUGACAUCAUUCUUAAACUGCUUGGCCCUUAACAAGGCUAAUGAAGAAAAAUGUGUUCGGCAGAAGGAUCUUUUGAAUGCCUGUAUGGAAGCUCAGUCUACCAUGAAUAGGAAGCCAUGGGGCAGCAUCAAUUACCACCUGCAGAGGCUUAACAGGGGAAGGAAAUAGUAUGGGUUUUCUUUGAAUGUUGAAUUUAUGCAUCAUUGUUCAUCGCCACUAGUCAGAGAAUUUGUAUCCGGUUGUAGUUAGAGAACAUUCAUUUAUCAGUGUCUAUUUGGAUUUUCUUUUUCCUGCUGGAAAUUUCGGAAAACAUAUUCUUGAUAAAUUUUGUAUCUUAAGUUUCCGUUAUUACAAGGAGUACCAAUAAUUUAAAUUA